UCCUCCCUCUCAAUGUCACUCUCCUCGUUCUCUCUCAGUAAAUCAGAAGUUUGUUUCGUUUCGAGGUUGGAGCUGAGAGUUUGUAGGGAUGGAAGAAAAACCAUCAAGCUCUCAUCGCAAGCGCCAAUUCUUCGAAGAUGAAGACUCCAACAAGCCUCCCGCGUAGUCAUUUCCUUCAAAUCUUUUCUUUUCUUUUUUUAUUUUGUUUGUGUGUUUUUUUUAACUUUGAAAAUGAAAAUCUUUCAUACCUCAAUGGAAAGUAAUUCCUUUUCUCGCCUUGUUGAUACAGUUGUUUUAGCUCGUAAUUCUACUCGUUUUCUCUUUUAUGUUUACUCUUUGUUUCUUACUUUUGCUUUGGAAAUUUUAGCUGUAAAUAUGUUAAGGCAAAAGAGAGUUAGGUUUCCCAAGGGAAAGAAAGUGAAGCCUGGAGAAGAAGCAGUGAACAGAGUUGAUGUGGAAGAUGGUUCCGGUGACUUGAAAGAUCCCCGUCUCGCUGCCAAGGACCGUGCCAAGCGCCGCAGUCAAAUUACUACGGAACUGUUCACUGAAGAUGGACGGGGCACGCUUAACGAUGUCUCUACUGCUGAAGUUGCAUAUGAGGAUAAUGAGAACUUUGUUGAUGAUGGUAUUCAAAUAGAACCUUUCAAUCUGAACAAAGAAAGAGAAGAAGGAUACUUUGAUGCAGAUGGAAACUUUGUUGAAUAUGUCAAUGACAACGAAAUCAAGGAUGCAUGGCUUGAUAGUGUCGAAGCUGAUACAAAAUAUGCAGGAAAAACAUCUGCAACAACAAAUGAUGAAGAUCAUGAUGACGUUGUGGCACAGGAUCUUUCCUCCCAAGACAUUGGGAUAAUGAAAAGACGUAUUGCCAAUGUGCUCGAGCCUGGAGAAACGGUUUUGCAAGCUCUGAGAAGGUUGAAAGGAACUUCAAAUAACAGAAAGGAGAAAAUGUCAGCUGAGACAAAGCAUGUAUUUGACCAACUAACUGAGGAUGCCAUGAAGUUGAUGGAGAAUGGUGACUACAAUGUAUACCAUGAGAAGCAGGAGGUUUUCCAGCGCGAGGCAGAGGGAUAUGAGAAGUUAGCUCUGGCCAGGGGGAAGUGCCUAGCUGUGAAUGUUGGACUGGAGAAUUCUGGUCCUAACUUGGGAAUUGACACACUCAAAGAUAUAAAUAAUCCUGGAGUAACUUCUUCCAUACCCCCUGACUCAGUUGUGGGUACUUCAAAUGCAAAUCUAACUGCUACUGAAGUUUCAAGCAAUACAGGUGACAGUUAUGAUAUGUUUGCCGAUGAUGAGGAUGAUGAGAAUCUUAAGCCAUCAUCUGAGCCUAAUUCUAAUGCUGUGAUUCAAGCAUCAUAUGAAGCUGUAAACACUUCUUCUGAGACUGGAGAUGUGCAAAAUGAUUAUGUCUAUGAUGAGUCUUCAGGGUACUACUACAGUAGCUCUUUGGGAUAUUAUUAUGACCCAUCUACAGGACUAUAUUGCUCAGCAGCAUCAGGGCAAUGGUAUUCUUUUAAUGAGGCGACUGGCACAUAUGAUGAAGUUAAGGAGGUUGCAUCCAAUUCAAAUUGAGAGGUAGAGAGUUACUGGUUCAGUCAAGGAUGUUGUACAGGCUAUACAGAGUAGAGUUUGAUGUGUGAAAGUGGAAUCUAAGUGGGUUUGCACACAAUAGGCUCCUGACUUCUUUCUUGCCUUUUGGAAGCUAAUAACAUUUAUACAGUCCUUGUAUUUCUACCCAGUAAGAUCACUUAGAUUUUCUAUGGCGGUGGCAUUUAGCAAUUUUUGUUUUGUUUUGUUGUGGUUGAGGUGUUAGGGAUAGAAAUCCAUCAUUUGGAUUCCAAGCUUUGAGUUGUUCAGCGUAUGGGAGUUUGUUUUGUUUUGUUUUGUUUCUAUAAUAUGGCACUUAAUUCUGCUAAA